AUGGCUGCAGCAGAGGUGGCUGACGUCAGCGUGGGGAGUCUACCAGACGAUGGGGAGGACCGGCGGGAGAUAGGGCACUUGGCAGAGUGGAGUGUGAGCUCCGCCAAACCCGGCAAUGGCGUCGAGCUUCUGCGGGACGGAAAGGCGGACACGUUCUGGCAGUCAGAUGGAUCACAACCACACUUGGUGAACAUCCAGUUUCAAAAGAAGGUCCGGUUGCAGCAUGUGUCACUGCACGUGGAUUUCAAGCUGGACGAGAGCUACACGCCCAACAAGGUGUCCAUUCGAGCUGGCAACUCCUUCCACGACGUCAAGGAGGUGAAGCUAGUGGAGAUGAAUGAGCCAUCUGGGUGGGUGCACAUACCGCUGCGACCCAGUGAUGACAGGGAGUACCUGCGAGCGUUCUACCUGCAGCUGGCAGUCAUCUCCAACCACCAGAACGGCCGUGACACGCACAUCAGACAGAUCAACAUUUAUGGUCCCCGCCAGAAUGUGGUGAGAGCAGUAGGGGUACCCAUGGAGUUCAAUACAGUGGAAUUUGGCGUGUAUGCUGCUGUUAGGUAG